GCAGUCACAGGUUAAGUCUGCAGCGGUAAAGUUGAAAACUUCGAUACAGUGAAAACAUGUUUGUAUUAUUCAAGGACGAUAUCAUAUUUUUAAAUCGACAUUGAUGCAUUCGUUGGUAAUCGGAAAUCAGUUAAUGCGCUUGAUAUAAACACUUCAAAACGCGAAAAAGUGCUUUAUCUUUUGUAAAGUGCGCAAUUUAUCGAUUUAAGUCUUUGAACAAUUUAUAUAAAUUAAUUUUCGACAAGAGUACUAAGCGAAUGUUAAUUAUUUAAAAAUUAUAAUUUAUUUUUUAUUUGGAAAAUUAGGGCAUCCUUAUACCGGUAAACAAUUCCACGUGAUCAAAGCAUGGUAUUAGUCGGAAGGGGGGAUAUGUCAAGAGAUAUUUUACAGGAAAAUAGUCUCUAUUUCUAAAAUGUUGAAGAAUGAAGUUUCGUAUUGAAUACGGGGAGUUUGUCACGUAGUAGCGUGUUAAGAAUAUUAUACAAAUAUCUACCCUAAGCUAGGAAUAUUAACCCUUUUCGUCUUUACUGACGUGUUUUUUUUUUCGAGUUGUGUUCCAAAAAUGUUACUUUUGUACUGAUUAUAAACAAGUGCUGGUUAUCAAACUUUGUGAAAAAAAAUUAACCCUAAUGUUUAUGUUCCAAAAUUAUUGUGAUUUUGUGACAUGACUCAAAUACAGAGAGACACUGUUAUCCAUUUGGUGGCUGGAGGGGUGGCGGGAACAACCGGUGCCAUCGUGACCUGUCCCUUGGAAGUAGUGAAAACCCGUCAGCAAUCUUCAAAAAAUGGUUUCGUUGUUGUCCGUGACCUUCCCAACGUCCCCGGCGAAACUAGUCAGCCGAAAACGACGUGUAGGACCGUUCCCGAUCAGAGGCGUAGGUUAUGGACAACAUGUCAAUAUAGCCGGCCUCAAGUUGUAGCUCUUUCAGGUUAUUCGUUUACCCCGGCGCAUUCCCUCAGCAUAGUCCAAUGUCUCAAGCAUAUCGUCCAACAUGAGGGGCCCAUGGCUUUAUUUAAAGGUCUUGGGCCCAAUCUUGUUGGCGUCGCUCCGUCCAGGGCCGUCUACUUCUGUACAUAUUCGCAAGCUAAGGCCUUUUUGAACGGGGUAAUGCCUCCGGAUUCGCCGAUCGUCCACGUAUGCUCAGCAUCAUGUGCUGGAUUCAUGGCAAGUACCCUCACCAAUCCCAUUUGGUUUGUAAAGACUCGUCUUCAAUUAGAUUUUAAUAGGAAUAGUAACGUGACUGCUAUGCAAGUCGUAAGAAGGAUAUAUGCUUCUUCGGGCAUCCUAGGAUUUUAUAAAGGCAUAACUGCUUCCUACAUGGGUAUAUCGGAAACGAUUGUCCAUUUUGUGAUAUAUGAAGCCAUAAAAGCCAAACUGAUAGCGCACAGAUCGCACGUCAGCGAUGAAAGGAGUUCAAAAGAUUUUUUGGAGUUUAUGUUGGCCGGCGCAAUUUCGAAAACUGUUGCUUCUUGCAUCGCUUAUCCACACGAAGUCGCAAGAACUAGGUUAAGAGAAGAAGGAAACAAGUAUACUGCUUUUUGGCAGACUUUAGGUCUGGUAUACCGGGAAGAAGGUGUACGAGGAGUAUACAGAGGUUUAACAACCCAGCUAGUAAGACAAAUACCUAACACCGCCAUAAUGAUGGCGACAUACGAGGCUGUCGUUUACAUCCUAACCGCCAGAUUCAAUACAGAAUUCUACGGGAAAGAAGAAGAACAUUAGUAUUUCGAAAGAAUUUUCUUAAGUCUUAAAACAACGAGAGGGUGCUAUCAAAAUGAAAGGGUUUUAACGCGUUAUGUAUUACAAGAAGGCUUUACUUAAGUACCUUUAUAUAUAUAUUUUUGUGAAUCUUUGUAUAGAAAAUCCAGAGUAUCCAGUAGGACUUCUUAAAGUUAGAUAUGUGUAUAAAUGAGAAGAAUUGACAAAUUAAAAACCUGUUUAAGUUUGGGAAUGUAUAUAUAAUAAUUAGAAAAUUUAAAUAUUAUAAUUUUGUUAUUGUGU